AUGACCACUUGGACUAGCCUGUUCCUGCUGGUGGCCCUCGGCCUGCUGGCCGCCGAUGCUGCGGCUCCCUGGUGGAAGACCGCCUCCUUCUACCAGAUCUACCCCCGAUCCUUCAAAGACACCGAUGGCGAUGGAAUUGGAGACCUGAACGGAGUGACCGAGAAGCUGGAAUACCUUAAGGAGAUCGGUGUGACGGCCACCUGGCUGUCGCCCUUCUUGAAGUCUCCGAUGGCCGACUUUGGCUAUGAUAUUUCCGACUUUAAGGCGGUGGAUCCCAUGUUUGGAACAAUGGAGGACUUUGAGAACAUGGUGGCUCGUGCCAAGGAACUGGAUGUGAAGAUUAUCCUCGACUUUGUGCCCAAUCACUCCAGUGAUGAGGCCGACUGGUUCCUGCGAUCGGCUGCCGGCGAGGAGGAGUACAAGGACUAUUACAUCUGGCACCCGGGAUUCCUCAAUGAUGACGGCACCCGUCGUCCGCCCACCAACUGGGUGAGCGUGUUCCGCGGCAGCGCCUGGGAGUGGCACGAGGGUCGUCAGGAGUACUAUCUACAUCAGUUCCACAAGAAGCAGCCGGACUUUAACUUCCGUAAUCCCGUGGUCCGCGAGGAGAUGAACAACGUGCUGCGCUUCUGGCUGGAGAAAGGCGUCGAUGGCUUCCGCGUGGAUGCCAUUUACCAUGCCUUCGAGGUCGAGGCCGAUGAGAACGGCAACUAUCCGGAUGAGCCCCGCAACGACUGGACCAACGAUCCGGAUGAGUACGGAUAUACCCACAAGAUCUACACAGUGGAUCAGCCAGAGACCCCUCAUUUGGUCUACGAGUGGCGCCAGAUCCUCGAGCAGUUCCAGGCCGACAACGGCGGCGAUGAGCGCAUUCUGAUGGUGGAGACCUGGUCCCCGAUCGAGAUCGUCAUGCACUAUUACGGCAACGAGACCGCCGAUGGUGCCCAGAUACCGUUCAACUUCCAGCUGAUAAGCAAUCUGCACUACGACUCCGAUGCCUAUCACUACGAGUACCUGAUUAACAACUGGCUCAACUUGAUGCCUGAGGGCAAAAGCGCCAACUGGGUGAUUGGCAACCACGACAAGAACCGUGUGGGCUCCCGCUUUGGUGCCGAUCGCGUGGAUCUCUUCAACAUCCUGCUCCUUACCCUGCCUGGCUGCAGCAUCACCUAUAACGGUGAGGAGAUUGGCAUGCUCGACGGCUACGUCUCCUGGGAGGACACCGUGGACCCACAGGCCUGCAAUGGCUAUGAGGCUAACUAUAUGGAUAACUCUCGUGACCCGGCCCGUACCCCCAUGCACUGGUCCGAUGAGUCUCAGGCUGGAUUCACCACCGGCAAAUCCACCUGGCUGCCAGUGUCAACCGACUAUCGGCAGAGGAAUGUGAAGACCGAGCGUGGCGUGUCUCUGAGCCACCUUAACGUCUUCAAGCGCCUCCAGCAGCUGCGUCAGGAGCCCAGCAUUGAGGAGGGUUCCGCCGAGAUCAAAGCCGUUAGCAGCUAUGUCUUGGCUGUUAAGCGCCACCUGAGCGGCGACUAUGUGUACAUUUCUCUGUUCAACAUCUACGAUUCCAUCGAGAAUGUGAACCUGUCGCAGGUGUUCUCCUAUCUGCCUGCUCAGUUCCAGUACGCUUUGGUCACCGAGAAGUCCAUCAAGAAGGUCGGCGACCAGGUGUCCGCCAACAGUGUGACCCUGAUGCCCCACGAGGCCAUUGUGCUGCGCUCCACCACGACGGCUUAGGUUAUUGUCUCGUCUGAUAAAUAAAACCAUUGCACAUUCA